AUGGCAAACUCAGUGGUCCCUUUGGAGAGCGAGGAAUUUCUCGAUACGCUGCUCCCAUUCUCUGCAGGGUCGCCUCCUAUACGUGAUAUUGAGGCGAAUGCCUUCGAAAGGCUUCACACUGCAGACCAAAUGCGACGUGGUGAAGUCGCCAACCUUCUGGUUGAAGCCAUAAGCACCCACGGACUUCUAGGAUCUUUGAAGGUGUCACAUUACUCGUCCAUGGAAUCUUCCCUCCCUUCACAGACGAGCGACGUCAAUAUCGCGAUCUUUCGUAACCACGAUUCUUCCAACCACCCACCAUCGUCGUUUGACCAACUCGUUCCUAUCGAGUUUGGCGAAGAUAUCCUGGGUGUCGACCCUUUCGACAGCACGGAGUACGAAGACCGCUUUGGCGAACUUGAAGCGGGGCGUAAACAGCUGCUCGACCAGAUCACUACUACUGCCGAGCACCUUUUCGCCGCCCAGCAUCGCAUCGCUCUCUUCAUGCUCCUCGUCAUUGGCCGCCGAUUCCGGCUCAUCCGCUGGGACCGCGCUGGAACGAUUGUCACGCCAUCCGUCGACUACCUCCAACAUCCCCAUGUCCUUUGCGAGGUCUUGUGGCGCCUAGCCCAUCUAGACGACUCUGCGCUCGGAUUUGACCCAAGCGCUACUCAGGUUGUACCCGGUGACAUUGACUACCUUCGCAUGGACAUCGCCGCUCUCGGGAAACCCGAAGAUGCCGACCCCGAGGAACGACGCCUCAAGGACGACGAGAUCACGACUGCUGUGGUUUUCGAGUACGUCCGGACUGCGUUCCGGGACUCUCUCAAGUCCGGCUGGCCCCGCUACAAACUCCAGGUUCCGGACGGCGAGGACACACGCGACUUCCUUGUCGGGAAACCUGCGUUUGUGACAGCUGGACCCCUCGGGCGCGGUACGCGCGGGUACGUCGCUUACGACUGCAAGACCCGACGCUUCGCGUGGCUCAAGGAUGUCUGGCGCGCGUCGUACAUUAUUUCUGACACCGAGGGCGACAUUCUUGCGACGCUGAAUGAAGCAAACGUCGUCAACGUUCCGACGCUGGUCUGUCAUGGCGAUAUUCGAGAUCAGACGACUGUCACAGCGGAUCGGUGGGAGCGCCAGUGCGCUCUGUCCUCGUCGUCACGUCCUGCCUCUGCAACGUCUUCUUUCUCGUCCCGCACUCUUUCGAUGUCGACCUGUCCGCGUGGGAAGAAGCGUAAAUUGGUGGACGCAGCCGGUAAGGAUGCAUCCACGGCUGUGGCUAGUCCCCGGGCCGCAAACGCAGCAGUCCGCCCUGGUUGCCCUCUGCGGCAGCACAAGCAUUACAGAAUCGCCGUGGAGGAAGUUUGUAUGUCGCUCAAGUGCUUCAAGUGCGGACGGCAGCUUGUAUCGCUCAUCCGGGACUGUCUUCGUGCACACUGUGAGGCGGCCACGAAUCCGAAGACGCAGAUACUCCAUCGUGACAUCAGCGGCGGCAACAUCCUCAUUUAUCCCAAAGUGAGGUGUAGGAAGGCCGGCAAGAAACGUUCGUUGGUCUGGACUGGCAUCUUGAGUGACUGGGAGUUGUCGAAGCCUGUCGAGGACCAGAACACUCCUUCUCAGAUGUCUCAAGCGGGGCGUAUGGGCACCUACCAGUUCAUGUCCGUCAAUCUGCUGUCGGACCUCUCGCGACCCGUUCAUAUCUCUGACGAACUCGAGUCGUUCUUCCACGUCCUCGUCUACUACUCCGUUCGAUACCUGCAGUCGAACUGCGACGAGAUUGAGAGCUUCAUUCAAGGCUACUUCAACAACUACGCGGGCCCGAAGCGCAUGUACGGAUGUGGACAGAAGUCAAUUGUCAUGGAGGCCACCGGGGAGCUUCGGACGCAGAUACCAUACGGCCCACUGCUAUUCUCAAGUCCGAUGGACAACCUCAUCGCGUUUGUCCUCGAGUGCUUCAGAUCCCAUUACAAGAUCCUGGAGUACGCCUCUCGACAGCGUGUUAUGUCUCGUGAUUCUGCUCUUUCCCCGGUCCCAUAUUGGCCCUCUACCGCACCCACUUCGUCUGUAUUCCCGCCAGGAGAAGCUGUCGAUGACGUCGAUGAUAUCGAUGAUAUCGAUGAUGUCGAUAAUGUCGAUGUUGACGAUGUAGACCUCAUCGACUGGGACGCCCCACCAAAGGACGACAGCCCGACAGUUGAAGACGAGGCUCGCGCUGGGAAGAUUAUGAACCACAUUUUCAUGCUUAAUAUCUUUUCCCGAGCUCUCCGGCAGCCUCUCUGGACAAAGGACGACCGGAUACCCAGAUAUCCUCCCGAUGCGACAGAAACGGACGCCACGUCUUCUGAGCACAGACCGAGCGUACCCCAAUCCUCCAUUGAGAAUGCGAGCAACAAGCGGCAGCGUACCAGGGAACCCGAACGGUAA